AAGCCUCGUGACACUUGAAAUUCUCUUUCCUGAAAUACGCUGCAUAAUGGCAUAACUUUGGUGCCUGUGUCCUUUUUUUUUCUUUACUUUUAAUAUUUUAUAUGCAACCUUACGACGAUAGAUUAACAUUUCUAUUACCUCGACCUACUUGGGUUAAUGAUAUGGAUGUAUCCUUUUGUUACUUAUGCAACACUGCAUUUGGACCUUUGCGUAGACGACAUCACUGUCGAAACUGUGGCAACAUAUUCUGUCAGGAAUGUUCUUCACGUAAAGUACCUUUACCACAACUAGGCUAUGGAACCAAGGCAGUGAGAGUGUGUAAUGGCUGCUUCGAUGUAGCGUAUCUUGUGACUUAUAUCAUUGAUCAAGAUCAUGGUGUGUCUACUCAGAUACAUGGAGUCAGAGGAUUACUGGAACUUGCCGAAAAAGAUAAUGAUUUACAUAAUAUGGUGGCCUAUGGUGGUAUAGAUGCUCUAGUUUGGGUCUGUAGAACGUCCAAAAAUCUGACACUACAUCAUCUUACGACAACUGUAUUAGCAAUUUUAGCAGAAAAGGGUAUACAUGCAUACAUAGUGAUACACUACUAUUUAUUCAUUUUCUUGGUUAGAAUCUAUACGUCCUGCCAUCAUCAUCAAAUGGGCUUUACCUCCACUUCUUUCAUUAAUCCAACUCUAUGCUUCUAUCAAUCACCCCAAAGAAACUUCGUCUGAUCACUCUAGCGCUCCUAGUAUAUCCAGUCUCUCUGAAGAUAAUGCUCAAAAUUUUGCUCUUGAGAUACUCAUCAAUUGUACACAUGUACUCUAUCAGCUAUCUAAAGCUGGAAUUCUGAGUCAAAAGGAAGUCAUUGAUGAAGGGGUACUAGAAAGCUUGCUUGUAUUAGCCGCAUUCGACAUCAGUUUACUCAAAUUAGCAUCAUCAGGCAAACAAGAUGGGCAGACGACCGAUAGAAUCAAUAUCAUUCAAAGCCUUGCAGCAAAGGCUAUAUCAGCGAUCAGUUCACAGGUAUCCUUUCAAAGCAGCAUUAUUGAAGUAGUUCAAGCAUCAG